AUGCCCAAAAAUUCAAAGGUUAAAAUGUCCGGGACGGAGGCUCAUGGCGGCGAUACGAGUCCCACGCGUCAGCCGAGGCAGACCAGAAUUCACAGCGUCGGGUUGCCCGCACGAACGUCCCUGCUUCCGGAACCACCACCCACCGGAAGCGGCGCUCCGCCGCCGAUACCGCGACGCCAUUCCGCCGCACCUGCGGUAGCUCCUCCGCCAAUCCCGCUGCGCCCCCCAGCGAUCCCUAAGAGGCGGAAGAACGAGAAACCGAUACCGAUACAGCUGCCAGCGACACGCCAAGAGAGCCAAUCGAACAGCGAACAGAAAUCGACCGAGCCGAAGCCGAUCAAUUCUUCCUCGAUCGGCGGCUGGGCCGACGACAACGAGAAGCUGGUCGACCUGGGUCCGUUCCGGUCUCAAGAUCAUCAGCGCACCCCCGAUUACUCGCUGAGCUUCACCGGAAAAGAGGAUACAGGCGAGUCGAGUGAUUUCGUCGCGGACUUCGACAAGGCGAACUUCGAGGAGGGCUGCAAGCUCAGCCAGAAGUCGAGCUUCGAGGAGCUACAGAAGGCUUCCCGCGACCUCGAGAAGAGGCUGCACGAGAGGAUCGUGAAGAGCGCCGAGACGAAGUUCAAAGAUCAUCAGGCCGCCAGGGACGAGCGUCAGAGGCAGGCCGAAACUCAGCAGCAGCAGCAGCAGCAGCAGCGAGACGGGUCGGAGGGCAAUGAGGAGGCCGCGGACGGCGGAAAGUCUCGGGAAAAAUUAGCCCCGUCCCGGAGGGAGGCCACGCACGAGGACGAGACGAAGUUCGCGGCGCUGCUGAGGUCGCGCCGCGAGGCGGAGAGGAGGUGCAAGUUUGAGGAGCUGCAGGCGGCCUCGAGGAAACUCGAGAGAAGGCUGCACGAGGAGGACGACAAUAACCGGGCGAUCAAGGAGAGGCCAGCUACCAGAUAUGAGGAGCUGCAGAGAGCCUCCCAGGAUCUCGAAAGACGACUGCACGCGGAUCACAAGUCCCAGGAGGCUGCGUCCCGCGGCAAAUACGAGGCGGAGAUGGACCGAGCGAGGUGCAUUCUGCAGCACAACUUCAGGAAAGAGAAGAACUGCGCCGAGAAACUGGAGAAACUGCCGAAGGCAACGCAGACGAACCUUCCGCCGCCGCUCUGCGCGAUCGCGCAGAGCCCCGUGCCGAAGCCGAUCAGCGUCAGGCAGGACAGCAACGUGUCCUCGGACAGCUUCAGCCAGACCAGCUCGCCCAGCUACACCAGCAAGACAAUGGAGGCACCCCUGUUGCCCCAUAAAUACGGCAAGGUUCCAGACAGAGCGCUGGUGUCCGAGCCAGAGACGUCUGGCAGAACGAUAACGAAGUCGACCAGCACGCCGGCCAGUCUUCAAGCCAUCGUCAGGGUUCACGGGGGCAACAAUGGCUCUCUGCAUCAUAAGAUCAUCAGGGACAUGACCGGCAGCCAUUACGUUACCAAUGGCAGACUGAGGUUCAGGUUCGUCCAGCUGUUCUUCAACGCGGUCGCGCUGUUGAUCAUUGCUGGUGGUCUCGCAGUGUACUUCAAAUCGUAUCCGGUGACGGUGAUACGGCUGGAGAACAAAACGAUCUACACGAACAUGAUCACGAUGACUGAACGUGCCCCUCGGGUGAUCGAGGAGAAGAACCCGGCGCCUGGUGUCUGUCUGCCUAUCAUAGUAACCUUUUGCAAGUACCACAAGAUACCGUAUAAUUUCACCGUUUUCCCGAACUACCUGGGCGAUUGCGGGCAACGUGACGCUCAACGCGAGCUCGAGCAUUACGAUUCCGUGAUAGACGUCAGAUGCUACGAAUUGGCGGCCCUCUUCCUCUGUAGCGUUUUCGUGCCGAAAUGCGGAUCCCAGGGCCAGCUCGUGCGACCCUGUCGCAGCCUCUGUUUCCAAACCAAGAGACGCUGCGGCUUUUUCUUGGACGUGUUCGGACUGAGUCUCCCUGAGUAUCUGGAGUGCGAGCUGUUCCCUGAGAACUCGAAUCCCGACGAGUGCGUGGGUCACCAGGAAGUUCUGGAUGCUGCCCGGAGAGCGGAGAAGCCCGUAUGCACCAGCGGUUUCCAAUGCGACAGCAACAGAUGCAUUCCGGUCGACUGGCGAUGCGACGGUCAUUUGGACUGUGCCGAUCACAGCGACGAGAUGGGCUGCGGGGACUGCAGCAACUCGUCGACGAGCACGGUGCUGAACACGAAAAUCGUGAAGAAACCUAUCCUCGCGAAGAGCAACGUCUCGAAGUCGCCUUGGUACUGCGGCGAGAGACGGUGCAUGUCGUCCAGCCAUUACUGCGAUGGCGUGAUGGAUUGUCCGUGGGGCCAGGACGAACGUUUCUGCUUGAGGCUUAGCCAAAAGAAUGGGGACGUAGGUGAGGGACGUCUGGAAGUUUUCCACGCGGAGGUCGGAAAGUUCAUGCCGGCUUGCAUCUCGCACUGGGAGCCGAACUCCGCCAAAACGAUUUGCUCUAUGCUGGGAUACACAGUGACGAACUCGUCGACGUUGAAGACGCACGACAUCAACAUCACGCAGAGGGACAGCAACACGCCCCAGUCGAAUCUGUUGAAGGAAUUUCAGGAAUGCAUCACUGAUCAGGCGGCUUAUCCUACAGUCGAGCUCACGUGCUCGGAAUACGCUUGUGGACGAAGGAAACCAGUUUAUGGGAACUCAAAAGUGCAGACGAGGAUCGUAGGCGGCGUCGAAUCGGCGCCAGGUGAUUGGCCAUUUCUGGCUGCCUUAUUAGGCGGACCUGAACAGAUCUUCUACUGUGCUGGAGUCUUGAUAGCCGAUCAAUGGGUUUUGACAGCGUCUCACUGCGUCGGGAACCACUCCGACGUAACUGGCUGGAUGAUUCAGUUGGGAAUAACUAGGAGACACUCUCAUACCUAUUUUGGACAGAAGUUGAAGGUGAAGAGAGUGGUGCCUCACCCAAAUUACAAUAUGGGCAUCGCUAACGACAACGAUGUGGCUCUAUUUCAGUUGGAGAAACCAGUUCAGUUUCACGAUGACUUGAGACCAGUCUGUUUGCCAUCGGCCGACACUCAUCUCGUACCUGGAACGCUCUGCACUGUUAUUGGCUGGGGCAAGAAGAAUGACACCGAUGCGUCCGAAUACGAGCCUGCAGUGAACGAGGUACAGGUUCCAGUCUUGAACAGGGAGAUCUGCAAUUCCUGGUUCGCCUCCAGGGAGUCCAACGUGACCGAUGGAAUGAUUUGCGCUGGGUAUCCGGACGGUGGUAAAGACGCGUGUCAGGGCGACUCUGGAGGUCCGUUGCUCUGCCCAGACGAGAACGACAGAGACAGAUGGAUCGUAGGUGGCAUCGUAAGCUGGGGAAUAAGGUGCGCCCACCCUAAAUUGCCAGGAGUCUAUGCCUAUGUCCCGAAAUACGUGCCAUGGAUUCGCAACGAAAUGGCAACGCACUCCGACACAAUUAUGGGCUAAUUGGCCCAUCGAAAACCAGGUUGACAUCGACCGGAAAGAUUUGUAAAAUCAUCCGAUCACUUGCUAAUGACUAACUGAACGUAAGACUCGCAGAUGCGUUAACUUAAGACAAUAACUUUAACGACAAUAACGUACGAUAUAUAUGUGCUAAUUAAGCCGUACCGAUAUUUACGAAACUAAUGACAAUACGAAUUGAUCGAGAUUCCAGCGGACGUGAACAAGAGAAUUUUUCAACUCUCGGUUCUUAGUUAAGAUAGAGAUUCUGGGUCAGGUUCUUUCCUAUCCGAGGACGUGUACCUUUUUACUAUUCUUACUGAGACUACUGCAAUCUUGUUGCAACGACAAUAAUACGACAAUAUCGAGAACAGUGUGCUCCAAAGAUUCUCAUACUAUAGUCCGCAAGAAAGAAUACUGAUCUCCAGAAUAUACAGAAGCCUAGCUGCAAACAAGAAUAUCAAAGAUUAUGAAACAUAAUCAGAGAAAUCAAUUGUUCGGUCCUACGAUCGCUAAAGUAGCGAUUGAUCGAUGUGAUCGUAAGAUCGGCGCAAGACGGUCGACAUAGAAUUUAAUAAAAUCAAGAUUCACCAGAUUCAAGUACAAUAACUGCUGCAACAAGUAUAUAGAUUCUUAUGUUCAACUACCAGGCACCCAUUUUGUAAUGAUUAAUCAAAUAGAAUAAAUCUGUGUCGAUCGACUUACAAGAAUCUUACGAUAAGAUCGAAGAUUUUAUUGAUAGCAGAAAUACAAUAAAGUCGAUGGGAAUUGUAAGUUUUUAACCAGUCAUUGAAAACUUCUAAAGGAGGCUCGAAUGAUUCGGAUCUGCAUAAUCCCUGGUCCGAUUAGUAAGAAACUUAAUUAAGCGCUAAUAAGCAGAGAUGAAUUAAGAGAGGACGCAUUAAAAUACUGUUAAACGGAAGUCGGGGCCCGCGGGUCGGACGAAAACCCGUCGAACAGUUCGCCCUCGCCGCCAUUUUGUAGAAAGUCCGUUCACGCGAACGGGGGAAGCAGAAAACGAUAGAAAACGGGACAAAAAAAAAAUGAAAAAGAAAUUGUCGUACCCACUGUUGGUAGCGAGACUUCCGAGGAAGCGGAGAACGGGAAUUACUGCUGCGUACGUGGGUUUCCGCGAACAAAACGAAAAUUCCGCAUUUGAUGCGACAAAAAACAAUUUUUGUAUCGCCGUCGGUUUUUUGGGGGAGUCGCGUACAUGUGCCACCAAGUGGUCGAACAAUCACGGUUCAAACGUUGUGCGUUCGAUACUCAUCGGCGUCGAUGAGUUUUUCAUUGUUUAAACGAACUCGUUAGCGGUUGGACAGAGGUCGAAUGUAUUUUCGGAGACGCCGACGAACACUUUAACACUUUCUUUCGCAACUCCGUUCGAAUUGUU